UACACUCUGUACAGCACUGUAUGAUGUGCCCCGUGCCCAGAGUCUCCCGAGAACAGCGCCCGCAGCACACUCAUUUUACUGGGAGGCAAAAAUAGUGGUUGACUUUUAUAUCGGCUCUUCAACAAGGAUUCCCGAGAUCCGAAAAGUCACAACGGCACCUCCCUUUUGAGAAACACUCUUAACGUCAUAACGCUUCAUAGCGCGACUCUCCUUCUAGGAUGUGACUGAACCGCGCAGUGCUCGAUCUGGGGGACUGGGGGGGAUUACCGACCACGAACUAGCCUACCACUUAACGGACUAACUGUGUGUGUUUUAACUGCAGACCUGCAAAAGAGCAUCCUGGAGAGCAGAAUGGAUCGUUCACCAAGCCUUGAGUGAAGAUGACCUUAAAAGCUACCAAAACAUGGUUUUUACGACUCCUCCCGGUUGUGCUCUUCUUCAUCUGUUAUUAUUGCUCUCAGUUCUACUUUGAGAGCUCUGGAGGAAAGUCUCCUCAUCCCACGCUCGCUCUGUGUCCAAACUACCGGCUGCAGAAGAAGUGGGAGAAUCUGAACUUAAACAUGAGCCGAAAGCCUGAGCUCUUCCUGAAGCUGGAGGAUUUCUUCUGGAAGGAUCAUCUGUCGGCUGAAGCUCUGCCCUACGGUAUUAAAGGCAGCGAGCUGCUGCUUCUGAAGGUCUUGGCAGCGAUUUCCAGCUUCACGAUGCCAGCGAACAUUGAGAGCUUGGACUGCAGGACGUGUGCAGUCAUUGGAAACGGCUUUGCCUUAAAAAACAGCUCUCUGGGGGAGAUCAUUAACAAAUACGACGUGGUGAUCAGACUGAAUGACGCCCCGGUAAGAGGCUUUGAGGAGGACGUGGGUAACAAGACCACUCUGCGUCUGUUUUAUCCCGAAUCCGCCUCCUAUAAUCCGGGUAUCCACAAUGACCCAGACACCCUGCUGGUCCUGGUUCCUUUCAAACAGCAGGAUCUGCGCUGGCUCAAAGAGAUCCUGUAUGACGAGAAGAGGGUUCAGAAGGGUUUCUGGAAGCCUCCUCCUCAGAUUUGGCUUGGCCGGGCUAGUCAGAUCCGUGUGCUGGACCCAUAUUUCCUUCGAAUAACUGCCCGAAAGUUUCUCCAAAUUCCCGUGCAGCUGCGCAAACAACAGAAACCUGUCCAUCCCACCACUGGUCUUCUGGCAGUGUUUGUGGCUCUGAAUUACUGUGAUGUUGUACACGUGGCAGGAUUCGGGUAUCCAGCAACCAGAAACCAGAAUCAACCCAUCCAUUAUUAUGGACAACAAACCAUGAAGUCCAUGAAGAAUUCCUACCACGAUCUGAAUCAAGAAGCUCAAAUUCUCCACAGGCUUGAAGAGCAGGGAGUGAUUUUAUAUCUGCAUCCUCACUCCUGACACACGUCCAGGUUCAGCUGUAUGAAGAGACAUGAAGCGUGUAAAUCCAGCACUACAGACAGUAGCGCCCUCUACAGACCAAACACCACGCUGCAGAGCUGCUGACUGAUUCUGAUUCUAUGUGCUUUACACAAUUAUGCCAGACCCAGUGGUGGUUCUCAGGGGGUCCAGGGGGGUCUCAGGGGUUCAGCGUCUACAAGCUUGGGCUCCUAAAUUUGGAUCGUGGAAUAAUGGAGCCAGGGAUGUUCAAUCCUGCAAGAUUAACAUGUUCAGAAACACAAGCCCAAUGUUAUUAGAUUUAUUAUAAUCAGGUUGAACUAUUAUCAAUUAUGCAUUAUCAAUAAUUGUUCCAAAAACACAAUAUGUAUCCAGUUGAAGUCAGAAUUAUUUGCACUCCUGUGCAUUUCUUUUUUAAAUAUUUCCCAAAUGAUGUUUUACAGAUUCAGGAAUUUUCACAGUAUUUCCUAUAAUAUUUUUUCUGCUGGAGAAAGUCUGAUUCGUUUUAUUUCGAGUAGAAUAAAAGCAGAUUUUAAUUGUUUUAAAGCCAUUUUAAGGUCAAUAUCAUUAGCCCCCUUCAGCAAUAUUAGUUUUGAUUGUCUCCAGAAUAAACUACUGUUAUACAAUGACCUGCCUAAUUACCCUAACUUUACCCUAAUUAACCUAGUUAAGCCUUUAAAUGUCACUUUAAGCUGAAUACUGGUAUUUAGGUAUCCAUUGUGGCAAUGAAUAAAAAAAUCUAUAGUUAUUAGAAAUGAUCAUAAAUUAAAAAUAAAAUCUUCUCUCUGUUAAACAGCACUUUGAUAAAUAUGUAAAAUAAAUAUUUCAUAUGUCACAGGAGGACUAAUAAUUCUUGUUCUCCAUUUUUUAUUUGAUUUGAUUUGAUUUGAUUUCUUUUCCCAGUAUUGGGUUGCUGCUGGAAGGGCAUCCGCAGUGUAAAACAUAUGCUGGAUUAGUUGGCGGUUCAUUCCGCUGUGGCGACCCCUGAUUAAUAAAGGGACUAAGCCCAAUCCCAAUUCUACCCCUUAGCCCUUCCCUUUACCCCUACACCUCGUUUUGCGCUUUCCCGUGAAGGGGUAGUGGUGUCCCAAUUCUCUUUAGUUUGAAGGCGUAGGGCUAAGGUGAAGGGAUGAAUGAAGGAAUGAAGAUUUUUCAGGACCACACUCGAAACCAAGGGGUAAGAAAAUUUCCCAGAAUACACCAGCCAAAACGACAGAAUAGUGUCACCCGGAAGUAAGGAGAUCCACAAAUUAGUAUUUUUUUUGUCAUCAACAAACAAGCACAUGUUUUACUAUAUUCAUAAUCGUGUUCAUGUUUUACCGUCCUGCUUUAAAAAAAAAACACUAAAAUAAAUACAGCUAAAUUUGGCGAUCUAUAAUCCAUAUUAAUAACUCCUGUACAGCAGUCCCACAACAUUCUGACACUCAAUGACACUCGAAUCCCCUGUCAGAAAAGUCUAGUGGCUGGGAAUGAGCUGUUUACACUGUCUGCUAUAAUGUUAAGGUUGUUUUCGUGUGUUUAUAUAGAUAAAUAAAUAAGUGUAAAUAUACAGUACAGUUACGAUCUUAUUGCCACAUUAUAUCGUCAUGAUAACAUAUUAUAUGCCUUCAGUGAUUUCCUGAAGAUAAAUACCAAAGAAUAACACAACUGGAAUAACUACAGCAGUCGCCAUCAUCUGAUCUCAUAUGAAGCAAGAGAUCUGCGAUGACAUAUGAUGACAUGUGCUGGUGUUGUAGUGCUGUCCCAUUUCUUAGGGGUACAUUUUAAAGCCCUUCCCCUUCACCCUCUGUUUUAAGGGUCAAGGGGAAGGGGUAGGGGUACAAAAAUAGAACUAGGAUUGGGCCUAAGCUGAAAAGAAAAUGAAUUCAUUUCAUUAAUCCAGAGGGAAAUUGAUUUGUCCAAGUGACACACUCACAUCACAUAAAAUAGGGAGAAAGUGAUGUUUGAUGCCGUAGGACUGUGAAGAGUGUCAUAAAAUGCACUAAAAACAACAACAAACAGCAACAAGAGAUGCAAAUAAAUAAAAUAGCUUGUCACAUUUUGUAAAAAAAAAUUAUGCCAAAAAUCUGCAACUUACUACUUUUUGAAA